GACCAACAUUCCAACAUUGUUUUACUGUUGUCGUCAGGCAUUCCAACUGUCGUCAACACGAUCGUCAUCGUCAUGGGAGGAGACCAGAGCAAGGCGGCGCAACCACAGCGAGCCCCCUCCGCGUAUUCCCAAGCAAAAGCUCCCCAAAGCACCUUCCAAGCUAUCCCAGAUACGCACGAAACGUAUGAACAACUGCAAGGAGCCCUUCGUCAUGCCGGGCUCGAGUCGUCGAACCUCAUCCUUGCCAUCGACUACACAAAGUCCAACACGUGGACCGGCCAACGUUCAUUCCAAGGCAAGUGUUUACAUCACAUCGACCCAGCCAGACAAGUGUGGAAUCCCUACCAGUCUGUCAUCCACAUCCUUGGACGCACGCUGGAAGCCUUUGAUGACGACAAAUUGAUUCCUGCGUUCGGGUUUGGCGAUGCCACCACCGGGGGGCGGGCCUGUUUCCCGCUUCUUCCGAACGGUGACGUUUGCGUCGGGUUCAAUCAAGUGCUGGAGCGCUACAACCAGAUUACACCAGGCCUUGCCUUGUCGGGUCCGACAAACUUUGCUCCAGUCAUCCACGAAGCCAUUCGAAUCUGCCAAGCCGAGCGCUCGUACCACAUCUUGGUCAUUGUGGCAGAUGGACAAGUCACGAGCGAGAAGGAAACUAUCGACGCGAUCGUGGCGGCAUCCAACUUUCCGCUGUGUAAGAUGUCGUGCAUGAGAUGGACGCUCAUGUGACGCUGCUGUAGCCAUCAUAAUGGUGGGUGUGGGCGACGGGCCAUGGGUACGCGCGCGUUCUCUAAAGGUCGCCUCGUUUUCUGACCUUGACGGACCAGGACAUGAUGCAACGCUUCGACGACCAGCUGCCCACCCGCCGCUUUGACAACUUUCAGUUUGUCGAAUACGACCGCAUGCUCCGAUUCAACCGUGCGAAUCCGGAAGUCGGGUUUGCCACGGCUGCCCUCAUGGAAAUCCCAGAGCAGUACAAGAUCAUUCGAAAGCUGGGCUUGCUGUAACUCGACCGCCACCGCCACCUAAAAUCCAAACGACAAGUGUUCACUUGGUCGAGCUGUCGUCGUCCCAACCAGUAUUCGUCCCGACAUGACAUGCCAGCCACUGGCCCCGCUUCACUCGUGCAAACUCCUUCACAAAACCAAGCUGAAGUGCUGAGUCGCCCACCGCUCGAUGGGGGCUUCUACGUCUCCAACGCUGCCUCGUCUCGAGCGAACGAUCUCUUGUGCAAUAUGCCACACACGAUGCGGCAGGCAGACGUACACGAAGUUGACCUCGAACGCAGAAGCGCUGGGAUAAAAUUCAGAAGGAACCAGUUGAUGGCAGCGUCGAGAGCGGCGCCGCUGGGAGAGCGAGCGGUAGUUUCCACCAAGUGCAUGUGCUCCAGAAUGAUGUCCUUGCAUGUCAUUCACCUUGGUGAUGUUUCAUGCGAU